UACCGUUUUUAUUUUUCAUAACAAAAGUAUUAAAAUUGGUGCAAUUAUAGAUACUUUAACUUGAAAAUGUCUGCCAAAAACUGUGAAAAUGAUAGGAUUGCUGCUGGACAAUUGCUUGACACCCUCUAUCUGGAUAUGUUUCAUCUAAUCGAAGCUCACACCCAAUGCCGCACAGACAUCGAACGCACGUACUCCAGUGGCGUCAUUCUCCUAGCACGAACGAAAUUCCAACAGGGAGGCCAAUCAAUAUCCACCGCUCAGAUACCAACCGAAAAUAGUGCAGAGUUUAAAGCCUUAUGCAGGGUGAUAAAUGCGCCAGAAGAAGACAGAGUCGCCGACAUUACUAUUCAGCGCAGUGCAGUGGACAAGGAAGACGGCUAUGUGGAGCCUUUGCAUUGGUUUAGCGUAUUGCCCCCAAUGAGUUUACGAAACGCGGUGGAAAGGUUCAAGAAAACUAUUGAAUUGGUAGCGGAGAGUACAAAUCUGCAACGGCAACUUAGCACCGUAUUAAAUGGUAUUAACAGGCUGCGGCAAACUGUUGCACUAUAUUAGAAGUGAAUUCAUCGUAUAUAUUACAAAUGUAUGAAUAAGAAUAAAGUUGGAAAUUGUUAAGACAAAAUAAAUGAUUUGCUAUAUA